CAACCAAAGCAGAGCCAUAAGAUCAUUAGAGAAGCAGACUCACUGCCAGUAGUAGAGAGAGGGAACAUGGGAAGGUCUCCGUGUUGUGAUGAGAAUGGCCUCAAGAAAGGACCUUGGACUCCUGAGGAAGAUCAGAAGCUCGUUGAUCACAUCAAGAUCCAUGGCCAUGGAAGUUGGAGAGCCCUCCCCAAGCUUGCAGGUCUAAACAGAUGUGGCAAGAGCUGUAGAUUGAGAUGGACCAAUUACCUGAGGCCAGACAUCAAAAGAGGCAAAUUCUCUCAGGAAGAGGAGCAAACAAUUCUUCAUCUCCAUUCCAUCCUGGGAAACAAGUGGUCUGCGAUUGCCACACACCUACCAGGCCGGACCGACAACGAGAUUAAGAACUUCUGGAAUACCCAUUUGAAGAAGAAGCUGAUCCAGAUGGGCUUCGACCCCAUGACUCACAAACCGAGGACAGACAUUUUCUCGAGCUUGCCACAUCUAAUAGCCUUAGCCAACCUGAGGGACCUCCUAAGCAACCACCACCCCAACCCACUAGAUGAGCAUGCAAUGAGACUGCAAACUGAGGCUGUUCAGUUAGCCAGACUCCAAUACUUGCAGCAUUUCCUCCAAUCUGCAACAUCACCACCUUCUGUGACCAGCACCAGUCCAUAUGGCCAAACUGGUUUUUCAGAAAUUGAUGCCCUCAACAUGUUCAGUUCUCUCCCCCCCAUGAAAGAGAUCAAUCACAAUCUAGUGCUCAGUUCGGCACAAAUGGAGAACCUGUCCUCGUUUUCUCUCGAAUGCGCAGGCUCUACAGUCGUUCCAAACCUAUUGAGCAAUUUGCCAGACCAACAAGUGCCUUUCGAUUUUAAUAUGACCUCGUCAGACGGUGAUCACCAGAUAAGCCAAUACAAUAUUGUCAACCAAGGUGAUCACCAAAACCAGUCAUCUGAUGUUCUUCAUCAUCAAUGGGGUUUUCUAUCUCCAUCAUCCGUUCCUCAGGCCGUGACUGAGACUUCGAUGAGCAAUAACAAUCCAGGAGAAGCGAGCAGCACAACUUCUAGCUAUGGAGGAUCCACUACAUCUUGGCCUGAGUAUUUGUUUGAUGAGUCCCUCAUAAAUGAGAUUUCUUAGUUAAGAAUUUAAGUUCCCUAGGCAUCGGAUUGGUUUGUGAUUUCUUUUCUCAUCAUCUUUUUUUCUUCCCUUUCUUCUUUCGUUCUUACUUUUUCUGGGGCCCGCUUAAAUGCUUGUUUAGUUCAACUUUUAUAGUGGUAUAAGUUGCACAUAUAAGCAUAUUUUUUUUCAGGCUCACACGUGAGUAUUAUUUGCUUAUUUUCGUCAUAUACUUAAAUGUCGAUGUACAAAAUC